AAAUGCAGGGUGAGUAAUGUUAACUGCAAGGACGACAGAGAUGGAUGCAUAAGAGAGGUUGUCAUCAAGUUUGUGGAUCAAGACCACGAUGGCCCAUUUGAUUUGUUCUUUCAAACUGGUCGCAUGUCUCUUGCCAGAGAUAGCUCUACAUUUUUGCAGAUGCUCAAUUUAAAAAAUGAAGAUGAUAUGGAGAAGUGGUGCCUUAAAAACCCUUAUGUAUACAGAGCCCUAGUGGACAGUAUAAGGAGGGGGCCUUCAUCUUUUGCAGACCUAACCUACUACUCACAACUAUGCUAUCGAGUUACAAUGCCAAACAAGAAGAAGCAACUUGUAAAGUUUAGAUUGAUCCCUGUUCAUGCUGCUGCCAAGUAUGAUGAAGUUUUGGAGAGUGGAAUGUUGACAGUAGAGGAACAAAAUGCACCUUGGUUGGUUCUAGCAGCAGACGAAGACGAGAGGAAUGAUAAUUAUUUAAGACAGGAAUUCAAAACUCGCUUGUGGAGAGAUGAACCUGUUACGUUCUACAUGGAUGUUCAAAUGGGACCUCAAUCCAGAGAUUUCGAUCAUGUCAAUCCACAGCUGCUAUGGAAUGAAGAUGAGUUUCCGUGGAGUCGUCUGAUGAGAAUUGAACUCACCACACAUGUGGCAUCAGAGGCUCUCAGACGAACAACGUUCAACAUGGCCGACAAUCCUGCCGGUAUUGGAUUUCCCACUGCUCGUUCUCCUCAGGAUCCUUUCAGUUUACAGAAAGUUAUGAUUAGCACCUUUACAGAAAUGGAGAGGAAGGUUGUUUUGAAGGAGAAGACUGAAGGAGCCCUGAACACCACCUACAUCAUAACCAUUUUUUCUGAAUCUCUGAAAGAAAGUAGACCGAUACCUUUCGUUGAGGUCUACGUUACUCUAAUUGGUUGGUUGUUUUCAGAGGUUAAUAUAAAUCAGCCAGCCAAUAAUCAACCCCUCCCCACAGGAAAACGUUGCAGAAGCUCUCCUCUCGUUCUCAGCAGGGAAAAUCGUGAAGGUAACUGGGAGAAAUCCUGGUUUCUCAGGAGUUUAACAGUUGAAGAUGUCAAACAAAACAAAUCAUGGACCUUUCCAUGUUAUGAGGUUGUAGAGAAUCCCAUUUUGUUACUUCCUGGAGAAGCCUAUCUGGCUCACAACGAGCUCUACCAGGUUAGCAAAAAAGAAAGAUUAUUUCAGCUUAAUGAAAGAAAGUGUGAAUAUUUAUGGGACAAAAAAGAUGACAAGAAACUCUCCUCCUCUUCGUCAACAUCAUCAGGUGUCAUGCUUCCAGGGCAGAUUCGUAAUCCUCAACAGGUAAACAAGUUACCUGAACGACACAAAUCUCGUGCAGCCAAGUACACAGGUGUUCGAUGGGAAGUCGAUCCCAAACUGAUUGAUUUCUUCAGAGAAUUUCGAUUUCGUUUGGCAUCAAAACUUCCUGAUGGAAGUCCUGGGGAUAUGUGCCACGCUGUACUCAAGGAUGAAGACUUUGCCAAUUUGUUCCUGGUGGGAUCAAAUCCAGUGCUUAUUCAGAAGUGCACCAAGUUGCCCAAUAAGUUUCCUGUGACAAAUAUUAUGGUGCGCCAGUUUUUAGAUGGUUACAAUUUGCAACAAGCAAUAGAGGACGGUCGUAUCUUCAUUGUUGACUACAAAAUUCUCAACAAGAUAACUACAACCCAUCACAACACUGACCACCGGUUCAUCGCCUCGCCAAUCGUUCUCUUCUAUUUAAAUGAUGUCGAAACACUUCUGCCAUUGGCUAUACAGUUGAAUCAGGAACCUGCUUCUGACAGCAAUCCAAUCUGGACUCCCAACGAUAAGGAAGGCUGGCUGCUAGCCAAGCUAUGGGUGCGUUGUAGCGACUUCAACUACCAGUUUGCCGUUUCCCACCUGUUCAACUGUCACUUCCUCAUGGAACCCUUCCUCAUUGCCACCAUGAGGUGCCUGCCAUCCAGCCAUCCGUGCUACAAAAUUCUCUUACCUCACUUCAGGUACUUGUUGGUUUCCAAUACAUUGAUAAGGCAUCAACUGUUGAGUGAGAAUGGUGCUGUCGACAAGUACACCUCACUCGGUCGACUUGGAUUCCAGGAGCUCAUGGAAAGACAUUGGUCACAAUUUCAUUUUGAUCACCUGAAUCCUAGAAAAGAUUUCGAGAGACGUGAAGUUUCUGUUGCGUCACAUCUUCCCGGGUACAUUUACAGAGAUGAUGCACUGAGAUUAUUUGAUUGCAUCAAUAACUGCUGUGAUAAAUUACUCAACAUACAUUAUGGGACUCCCGAAGAUUUUCUUAAAGAUGAAGAACUCGCGAGUUGGUUUGACGAACUUUCAAAUUUUGGAUUUCCUGGGCAUUUUUUCCCUAAUGAUUCAAGUUUGAAUAAAAAGCCUUCGAAUUUGAAAGAACUUGGUGAAUUGUUAUCCAGCAUUAUAUUCACUAUAACGUGUCAGCACUCAGCUACCCAUAGUGAUGCCCUUGAUUUAUUUGGAUACGUUCCCGACGUGCCGGCUAUGAUGAAAGCCCCUCCCAUCACCAAAGAAUUUAAAAAUAUCGACAGCCAAUAUUUAGCGCACGUUUUACCAGAACAGUUUCCUGAAGCUUACUACACUUCGCUACUUUUUAUUAUGAAUGCUCAUAAGCCCGAUGAGGUAUAUCUUAUAAACAUAAUAAAUCUUUUAGGCUGA